AUGGCGACCAACGGUGUCCGUAAGCGGACCACCGAGGGCGUGAAAGAAUCGGUCGAUGCCGUCUCUCAUGAGGCCAAGGCUGCACCACAACCCCAUCCUGCUGGCGAGGUCAAACACGGAGUUGGCGUCGAGGUUCUACGCGUCUUGCUCUUCACAUCAUGGUUCAUGUGCGUUGCAGUUGCUAUCAACGCUACGCAAAUCAUCGGCUGUCCGCUUUACUUCAUCAACAAGGAUUAUUACUACGCCUACAUGGCUUUAACGAAGCAAUCUUUCGGCAUCCUUAUCACCACAAUUACUCAAUGGUUCAGUCCGACCGUCAUUCGUGUGAGUUGGGACAAGAGUGUCCGAGGGCAACUCAAGAAGACCCCUGACGGGCGGCUGCAAUUGAGCUUUCCUGAGCGCCUGACUAUGCUUGCAAAUCAUCAGAUCUAUACCGAUUGGCUGUAUCUUUGGUGGUCCGCGUACGCGAACCGGAUGCAUGGUCACAUCUACAUCAUAUUGAAGGAGUCCCUGAAGUACAUGCCGAUCCUCAGCCCUGGCAUAAUGUUCUAUGGCUUUAUCUUCAUGGCUCGAAAAUGGGCUUCUGAUCAAUCGCGGAUAGCCUAUCGAUUACAGAAGCUGAAGGAGCGUCACCACGGCCCGUUAUCAGGGAGCGCGUCGUUGGAUCCGAUGUGGCUUUUGAUCUUCCCAGAAGGCACCAAUCUUUCCAGAAACACGAAGAAGCAAAGUGUGGCCUGGUCCGAAAAAUCGGGAAUUCCAGACCUUCGGCAUCAGUUGCUGCCACGUAGCACUGGUCUGCAGUUCUGCCUGGAGCAACUCGGCGACUCGAUAGAAUGGGUCUACGACUGUACCCUUGCAUAUGAAGGUGUUCCAAAGGGGGGAUAUGCUCCUGAAUACUUUACGCUUAGGUCGACGUACUUCCAGGGGCGUCCUCCGAAGUCUGUCAAUAUGUACUGGAGGCGAUUUGCGGUGUCGGAGAUCCCCAUUAAGGAUACCAAAGCUUUCGAGGCUUGGGUGUUGGAAAGAUGGAGGGAGAAAGAUGAGCUGCUGGAAACGUUCUACAACACUGGCCGAUUUCCGUCAGACGAGGGCGUCGACAAGCAGGAGGGCUACAUUGAGACUGACGUGCGAUUGUCAUCGUGGCUGGAGAUUGUACAGAUUUUCGUCGUCCUGCUAGCCCUGGCCAUGGUUGCGAACGUAGUGGUCAAACUGUGGGAGAUGCUGGUUGGCACUCGGUUAUGA